GUCUAUACGAGUAUAUAAAGACACCAGUGUAGUGACAGUCACCUCACUGUCUACGACUAGUACAACCUUCUCCGAUCUCCACAAGAUGGCGUCUACUCUUUUUGUCAUUGCAUUCCUCUGUGGACUGUGGAUUGAGGCAAAUGCACAGACAGAUCCAGGUGAUUUCUGUCAGGAAUGUCCCCCUGGCUGGACAACAUUUGACAAACGCUGCUACUUGUUCCACAAACAGGAAAAGGACUGGGCAGACGCUGAGCGAACCUGCACUUCCCUCGGAGCGAACCUGGCCUCUAUCCGUAAUGCAGGAGUUUACAAGUUCCUCAGACAGAUGAUUCUCAGAGUGACCGGUUCAAAUAAAAAAACAUGGGCUGGAGGCUACGAUGCACCAAAGGAGGGCGUGUGGCUGUGGAGUGAUGGAUUCCACUUUGACUUCAAAGCGUGGCCCAAAGGGGAACCCAACAACCUGGGAGGAGAACACUGCAUGGAGUUCAACCUCAGGGGAAAAGACUACGUCAAUGAUGCCAAGUGCACAACAAGGAACUCUUUUAUUUGUGCCAAAGACCCAUGAUCUGCUCCUCAUGUGAACACAGAAGAACGUCUGUGUUUCACCAAUGAAAUCUUGUACGUCCAGGAUGUCAAGCCUCGAUGGCAUCACUACUGGAAUAGUUACAGCCUUCUAUUUCAGAUCAAUAAAUCAAUAAAAAAAAUCCUUUUCAGCAUUUCAUUGACAA